AUGUCACAGUCAAUGGGCCUGGGUGGGGAGCGGCGCUACUCCGUGCCCUCGAACCCUAUGAUGCACGAUCCUCGCGGGAUGCAUUCAGAGGACCUGCAUGCUUGGUCUAUUUACAGACAAAACCUCAAUUCAGAUUUCACCGACAGUGCUCUGGGUAGCACGGACAAAAGCCCUUUGCCCUACGGAAACUUUCAGCUGCGUGACACCACUGUACAGUCGAUACUGUCACAUCCAAGAUAUGGACCGAAAUCGGCUCUCGGGUCCAACAUGUACACUUACCUCAAAUUCGGUCUGCCGCGUGUGUUUCCACCAAAUCACAACGGCUCCCAGAGAUCGGGGACGCCAAAGCCGAAGACUUCAAUCGGAAGUGGGAUGAAGUCGAUGCCGAGAAUCCAGAGACAGAGUAGAGGAGUUAGAGAGACCUCGUCAGGUUAUGAUAGUUCAGACAACGAAACCUCAACCAAUUACAAAUACAACCGGAAAUACCGCUCGGAUCCAGACUUCAGGUUACAGAACAUGCAUCAGACUUAUCAACAUGCAACCGGUGUGCCAUUAGUCGCGAUGCAUCAAGCUGGAAUUCGUGAUUCCCAGUGGGGGACAUCAAAACAUAAAUCAGUGAGUGAGGCGAAUCUUCUUGGCAUCGAUGCGCGCACGCAUCGUUCUUACACCAAUAGACGAAACAGCGUCGCAGACUUUGUACCGGACAAUGAUCAUCAGAGCUACCUUAUGCCAGCGUCUCACCUGGGCGGACGUAUGUCGAAGGCGGGAAGCCAUAUGUCUGUAGCCCAAUCCAGGAAACAUUCCACACUCCGGCCUGGCGAUCAUCUGGAUGGCUACGCGCAUUCUACUUAUAUCUAUCCAAAUUAUUAUGUAAACAGCUUAGAAAUAACUUCACCAGACAAUAGUUCAACUCUGCUCGUGUCAGGAUUGAGCUUUGAAGUGAAGUCUGGCGAAAUCCUAGCAGUUCUCGCUACUUCGCAGCAGGAGGCCACUGGACUGCUGGAUGUUCUGGCUGGUGCAAGAAAGAAACUAACAGGCGACAUAGUACUAAAUGGACAGCCGGUUGCUUCUUCAACGCUACGGAAAGUGGCCGCAUAUGUUCGUAAGGACACCUCCCUCUGUCCCGCCAUGACUGUGGAGCAUACUUUGCGAUUCCAUGCAACACUGCGCACCCCCAGACAUAACAUUAAUCAUGUGAAAAUGGAUGACCGUGAUCGGAUAAACCUUCUAAUAGAAGAACUAGGUCUGGAGCAAGUGAGAGACACGAACGUCUGCCGCCUCACUCGCUCCGAGGUCCGUCGUUUGAACGUCGCCUGUCAAUUGUUACUUGACAUGGCGGUGCUGAUACUGGACCAGCCUACAAAAGAGAUGGACAUAUUUGACACGUUCUUUCUCGUAGAGUAUUUGAGGAACUGGGCGAGUACUGGUCGUGUGGUCAUCAUGUCUCUUCAUCCGCCUACGUAUGAGAUCUUUGCUAUGUUGACUAAGGUGGUGUUAAUAUCAGCUGGUCGCACAAUGUUCAGCGGUUACAGAAGAGAUAUGUUGCCAUACUUCGCGUCCAUAGACUAUCCUUGCCCAGCUUUCAAGAACCCUUCGGAUUACUACCUGGAUUUAGUAACGUUAGACGAUCUAUCCGCGGCGGCCAUGUUGGAAUCAUCAGGUCGUAUUGAGGCUCUAGCUGGGGUCUUCGCUGGGGCCCACACUGCUCCGGAGCCCCCUCCGCCUGUACCCCUACCAGCACCGGUUACACGAUCUAAUGUAGCUGUACAGUGUUUUGCGCUGCUUGAAAAGAGCAUGCUUUACACCCAAAUGACAACUCUAUCGAAUGUCAUCACUCGUGUUCUUAUAGCCGCUCUUAUGUCCCUCGUUGUUGGGACCAUAUUCUGGGACUUACCUGACACUGAUCCCAAGCUAACACAAAACGAUCGCAUCGGCUUUCAUUAUUCAAGCAUGUGCAUAUGCGCAUGGCCGAUUCUUUUAUGGCUAAGCGCAAGGGAGGCGAGUUCCAUGCGACGCUAUGUAGAACGAGAUAUAGCUGUGGGGCUGUAUUCUAGAACUAUCUUUAUAUUGUUCGAUCAAUUUCUAGAACUUUGGUCGGCGAUAUUAACGUGGUUAGCUUACUUGGUGCCCAGUUACGCUAUGUCUGGUCUGUAUGCGCAGGCGCCGGGUUCGUUCGAUGGUUUUUACGUGUAUUUAGGUUACAUGGUGUUAUAUCUCGUAAGCAUCCAAAUGCUCUGCCGGGCUACCGUCUUCGUAAUUCCAAUGGAGAAGACGGCUUCAAUCAUAUCCGGAUUCUGUCUCCUACUUAGUACACUCGUUUCUGGGUUUACCCUGCAUGACCAGGACCUGACAGUGUAUACCAGGUGGCUGCAGUACGUUUCGCCAUCACGUUGGGUUCUACCAGAAAUUCUGAGGCGAGAACUCAGUGAGACUGCUUUGAGGAGCAGUAUUAGUAAAGAUCUAAGAUGUACUAAUAAACAGAGACAAAACCCCGACAUAAUUGUGAAAGCAUCUUGUCCACCACCGAACGGGACUCAGGUGUUAUCAAGCUUCGGUUAUCUUAGAUCAGACAGAAUCUGGGAGGAAACGGAAGACAACUUCCUGAUAGCGUUGGCCGUUUUUUAUGCGGUUUUCGCUCUAGUCGCAAUAUUUGCAUUUGUUUUCGACUGCACUAAGUACGCGAAGACUAAAGAUAGGUCGGCGUUGAAAGGUCACAAAGUUAGUGUUAAUACGCCUUAA